AUGGGCUCGGUUGGUUCGUCAACAAACGACAUCAUCCGCACACUCGAUGCGGUAAAUCCCAGUCAAUUCGGCGGCGAUGAAGUCGAGCGCCUGCGUGUCCGUGCAGCCGCUCGUCGUCUACUAGCCAGAGUCGAAACUCCAUAUGAACGAGCAUGGGGCUUUUGUUUCGAACAUCCUGCAGUUUUUGCGGCGCUGCAGACCGCGAUCGAUCUAGGUAUCUGGAAGGCUUGGACUCAAGAAGGCGGGGGGAAGAAGACGAUCGAUGACUUGGUUAAGUUGACUGGGAGGGAUGUUGAACCCAACUUGUUGAGACGACUGUUCCGUCUCCUGGCUGCGUUUUAUGUGGUUGAGGAGACAGACGUGGAUACCUUCAAGCCCACGCCAUUCUCAUACGCCAUUGGUGAUGAAAGUACCAAGGUCCAAGCGUCACUCCAAGCAGCAACUUAUCAGUACAUCUCAGCUGGACAGAAUCUCCCUAAAUAUCUCGCUAAGAUAGGGUAUAAAGUCCCCACAGCUGCAGAAGACAAUAACUACGCCGGCAGCGACCCCGAUGGCCUCAAUUUCUUCGGUCGUCUUCAGAAGAGUCCAGAGUACUAUGAAGCCUUCACAGGUCACAUGGAGGCCUGGACGUCUUGGAAGACACCCUGGACUAAGAUUUAUGAUCCUAGCAAGUUGAUUGAGGGUGCUGAUCUUAGCAAACCGCUGGUUGUGGAUGUUGGAGGCAAUACUGGUAUUGAUAUCUCGCAUGUUCUAAAGGCCUGGCCGGAUUUGCCAAACGGGACUUUGGUGUUGCAAGAUCUACCGGAGAUUAUUGAGCGGGCGGAUGUUAAUGAGAAGAUCACGGCUAUGGUACAUGAUUUCUUCAAGCCCCAGCCUGUGAGGGGAGCCCGUGCCUACUUUAUGCACGCUGUUCUUCACGACUGGCCCGAUGUCCAAGCGACCCAACUCCUACAGAACACCAGAGAUGCCAUGACAAAGGGUUAUUCCAAGCUCUUUGUCUACGAUAUCGUGUUGCCGCCAACUGGAGCUAGCAUUAGUCAGACUACCAUGGACGUUCAGAUGAUGUCUCUUCUUUCAGCUUCUGAGCGAACCAAGAGUCAGUGGGAGGAGUUGCUAACCGGGGCUGGGUUCAGGAUUGUCAAGUUUUGGCCUGAUCCUCAGCAGUACGAGAUGUUGAUCGAGGCAGAGAUUGCAUGA